AUGUUGUCCAUCCCUCGUCAGGCUCUCAGGGCUGCCAUUCCCUGCGUUCGCCCCGUCCAGUCCUUCAGAUUGUAUACCACCGACAACAAUAACAACAACAACGGCAGCGGAAGCAGGAAAAUGGAAGGCACCGAGGCACUUAUGAACAUUCUCUCGGGCUCCAGCUCAUCACAACAGACCCCCCGCACCACCAACAACAGCAACACCAGCAAGGGAUCGAGCGCCGCAUUGAUCAUGGAGACCCUCUCCAAGGCGACCGACCGUCAGCAGCAGGCCUCGCGCUCCACCAGCUUCUUGAGCUCCAAGAACGCCAUGGGCGGCUCCAACAGCUUUGGCGGCGCCGGCGGAUACGGCCGUUUCUUGAGCGACGUCCAGACUUGCUCCCACAACCUCCACAUCCACGCCUCGAUGAACAACACCAUUCUGACCUUGACAGACUCCCAGGGAGACCCCAUCACGACCCAGAGCGCAGGAUCUGCAGGAUUCAAAAAAUCGGCUCGUUCGGGACCCGAGGCUGGCUACCAGGCCAUGACCAAGUUGAUCGAGAAGGUCCAGGAGAAGAACGUGCAGAUUCAUAGUCUGCAUGUGUUGAUGAAGGGAUUCGGACCCGGACGGGAUUCGGCCUUCAAGGCUAUCCGUGCCAAGACUGAGUGGGACAUCAAGAGGAUAUCCGAUACCACCCCCAUCCCCUUCAACGGAUGCAGGCCACCCAAGGCUCGUCGUCUGUAA